AUGGCAAGCAGCGCCGUCACACGGUGGUGGCUCAGCCUAAUAUCAGGGGUGGUGGUGGUGAUGAUGUUAUCCAUAUCAAAACAAGCCACAGCGCAGCCACAGACCAAUCUGCUGAAUAGGGGUUGCAGUCAGUACAACGCAACCAAUAUAAGGAACUUUUUCGACAACCUUAACGCCACCUUUUCCAACCUGAGAAAUCAGCUGUCCAAUGAAGACAAACUAUUCGCGACUGCGAAUCAGUCGAGAUCUUCGGAUCCAGUCUAUGCCAUGGUUCAGUGUAGAAAUUAUCUCUCGACAGCUGAUUGUGUGGCUUGCUAUGAUGCAGCUGUUACUCAGAUUAGGAAUUGCUCAGCAGCAAACGGAGCUCGUGUCAUAUAUGAUGGUUGUUUCCUCAGGUAUGAGAGCAACAGUUUCUACGACCAAACUACUCUUCCGGGCAAUGUACAGAUAUGCAGCAAUCGCACCGCAUCUCCGGCAGCUGCAUUCAAUGCGGCGGCGGCAACAUUUUUACAGAAUCUUGAGAUCGCAACACCAAGAAUUAGCGGCUACUUUGCAGCGUCUAAUACUGGAGUAGGCAAUGGGGGUCCAACAAUUUAUGGUGUGGCGCAAUGUGCUGAAACGAUUACCCGAAGUGGUUGCCAGGAUUGCUUGACAGUCGCGUAUCGGAACAUAAUCGGCUGUUUACCUAAUGCGGAUGGAAGGGCUAUUGACGCCGCCUGUUUUAUCAGGUACUCUGAUACGGCAUUUUUCGCUGAUAAUCAGACCAUUAAUAUCACACCAUUCCUCGGAGGAGGAGGAGGAGGUUCAAGCAAUAAAAAAGCUAUAAUUGGGGGUGUAGUUGGAGGUGCAGGUCUUGUUUUGAUUAUAGCUGCUUUGUUUCUAUGGUACCAUUUAUCAAGAAAGAAAAAAGUAGCUGUAAGAGGUGACAUAUUGGGGGCAACAGAAUUGCAAGGCCCCAAUACCUACAAUUACAAGGAUUUGAAAUCUGCAACGAACAAUUUCAGUGAGGAAAACAAACUAGGAGAAGGAGGUUUUGGCGAUGUAUACAAGGCCACUCUUAAAAAUGGGAAUAUUAUUGCUGUGAAGAAACUAGAUAUAAGUAUCAGCAGAGCAAAGGCAGAUUUUGAGACUGAAGUUAGGCUCAUAAGUAAUGUUCACCAUCGCAAUCUUGUCCGCCUCUUAGGGUGUUGUAACAAAGGAGGAGAACUGCUGCUUAUUUACGAAUUCAUGGCAAAUGGGAGCCUUGAUAGAUAUUUAUACGGUGAUAAACGGGGAACACUCAGUUGGAAACAAAGAUUUACUAUAAUAUUUGGAACAGCUAGGGGUCUUGCAUAUUUGCAUGAUCAAUACCAUAGUCAUGUUAGCACUAAAUUUGCAGGAACCUUGGGCUACUCAGCACCAGAAUAUGCUGUUCAUGGACAUUUAUCAGAGAAAGUUGACGCCUACAGUUUCGGUGUAGUCAUCCUUGAAAUCAUUAGCGGCCGAAGAUGCACUCAGAUGAAUGAUGAAUCUGACACUGAAUAUUUACUUGAAGAGGCCUGGAAACUGCACGAGAUUGGAAUGGAAGAGAAACUAGUGGAUGAGACAUUAGAUCGAAAUGACUAUAAAGCCGAAGAUGUGAAGAAACUGAUAGAUAUUGCUUUGGCAUGCACACAAUCACCAGCUUCAUCAAGGCCAACCAUGUCUGAAGUUCUUGUCAUGCUUUCAAGUGAUAGGUCAGUUGAGCAGAAGGCUCCAAGCAGGCCUUCAUUUUUCGAUUCUGGAAAGAGAUUACCCGUAGACAGUUCCAUUUCUGCUGGAUCAACAACGUCAAAUGCCACUGCUACAAUAUCUAAUUUCACAGGUAAAACUCAAUAUUUGAGGAAGAAUUGGAGAAAAUAA